CAGAUGAUAUCAACAGGACCAAGCAUCAUACCUUCUUCCAAACACCUUCAAAAGGUUUGCCAUCAGAUAAAUCAGGACAACAUAUUUAGUGUAUCACCAUAUUCCAUUAAUGGAGCAUCAGAACAUAUGAUCAUCGGGGUGUAAUUUUAACUCCUAGUAGUUUUGAAGAGGAACUGCAGAUGCAUUGGCAAAAUGAUAAUUUGCAAACAACUGACUCCAACCUCAGUUGGGAUGUAUCCCCUGAUGAGCUUGAUGUGCUGGAGGAUGAGAGGAGCGAGAAACAACUGUCCGCACUGGUGCGAAAUUCUUAUAUGCUACACCUUAAGAGGUGUCUAAUUAAGAAUUUUGAAAAAUGGUCAGAAGCGUCUGAUUCAGAAGCUAGAAAACCUGAUGAAAGCAAUAUUGUAAAAUACGCAAAACUGCUGGAGAAAAAGGCUUUGAGGAGUUGCAUGCUAACAAAUAUUUACCAAAAAUCAAUGGUGCAGCUGAUAUCAGAAAUUAAGGCGGCAACGCAGAAAAAAUUACUGUAUAAUGGUUUUGUAGAUAGUAUCGUACAAUCAGAAACAGAUUCCGUGAUGAACCGUUGUGAUAAGUCAGUACAAACUGAUGAAAUUGAAACUUUGUAUACAGAAUUUGGCCCUUUUUUAAACUCUAAUCAUACUGGCCAAGAAGCAAAAACAAUUAAAAGGACAGAAAGUUUAGACAGUUACGAAGAACUCUUAAAUAUGCUCAUGUCUCCUACAAAUACCCCUAAACCAGUCGAAUCCCCUUUUGCCAACCUACCCAGGCAAGGUUUGAACAAGAAUAACGUCUUGAACAAUAACAAGAAAGAGUCUUUAAAUGUGGAUGAAAGUGAAGCUGACUUUCAAUCAAUGAAAGAGUCAAAUAUUACCAGGCCCCCUCUUGACGACCGUUUGCAAGUCCUUGCCGAUCUAUUCGCUGAUCCUGUUUCACCCAUUAACAUAAAAGAACCUGAAAGGAACAAUCAACCUAAUAAUAAACUUCAAAUUAUAGAAAAUAAAAUUGUACAAAACAAGAGAGGUUUUGAACACCAUUGUCAUAUGCAAAAUGUUUUGCCGCUCGAUUGGUCUGUCGAGUUGUCCGCACAAGAAUGUAAUUUAGAAAUUAUCUUACAAAGUUUAUCACCUGUGAAAAGGAUAAUCGUUGAAAAGAGGUUUAAAGAUUUAUUCGGAAACGAAGAUACUGAUGAGUGUGUCAUAAUUUCAAAAGAAGACAAGGACGCCUGUCGCAAAAAAAUCGCCGCUAUUGUGGUCGCCGAGUUGACUCCGCAGUACAAAAAAGGAAAAAUUUCUACAAGAUCGGUGUUUAAACUACUAGCAAAGAAAAUCACCGAACAGAUUUUACAUAAAUCAUACAAGCCUCAACCUGAAAUGGUAAAAAAAAGUGUAGCGGACACAUUAGCCAAGGUACCUCAGUUUAAUGACGUUGCUGAUCUCAAUUAUGUUUAAAACUAUUGAAUAUAUUACAGUUUUGCUUUUGUAACAAUAUAAUAGUAUUAGUAGUUAACCCACCUGGCAGACGGACUAAUGUCCAUUGUCUUUUGUAAAUUUAAAUGUAAAAUUAGUAGUUAACCCUAGGAAGACUUGUUUCAGUAUCAAAGUAUUUAUCAAUUUUAUGCCCGUUAGUAGUAUGUACGUUUCAAAAUGACAAGUUCAUUGAAUUUCAACUGUGAUAGAAUAUCCCUCUACGAGGUUAGAUAAGAUGAAAAGGGCAUAUGCAUUUUAUUUGCUUGUGUUUAUUUUAUUGAAAAAAUAAUUAAUUUUUUAUUUUACUGCGAUUAAUACCUAAAAGUUUUGGUAGAAGAAAUUUUUUUUAAAUAAUAUAUAUUAUAUAUUUCUUUAACAUUCACCAUAGCAAUUUGUUUGUAGUAGUUUAACAAAAGUUGCAAUCCUAUAAUGAUGCCAAAGGUGGUUUUCUCUGUUGUGUUAAUUUUUUUAAAAACAUAAUACAGAAAUUUUUGUAAA